AUCUCUGUAUACUCUGACUUUACUUCUCUAUGAGUCCUGUCAUGUGUAAUUAUUGUAACAAUAUAGUUAUAAUUAUAAUGUUGAAUGAUUAUUUCCUUAUCAUGAGUUGAUACUGUUUGUUUUCCAAUGAGAGUGAUGCAUUACACAAAACCUAGGCAUCUAUUUGGUGAAUUCGAUAGUAAUAAUGUUAUAAAUAGUAAAUUAAUCUAUUUGAAACAACCGAAUUAGUCAAAACAAUGUUCCCAGUGUUGUACACUUUGUGCGGAUUCGCUGCUUUUUUUCUUGUAUUUUGGUGUGGAUUAUGGCUUAUUCAUCUCACUGCCAUUAUUUAUGGUAAAUGCAAACUUAAUAAGAAGACAAAUGCCCUACCAAACGAAACACCAUAUCCUGGGGUAACAAUUUUGAAACCACUGAUGGGAGUUGAUCCUAAUCUUUCUAGUAACCUUGAAACAUUUUUUACAAUGAAUUAUCCUUUGUAUGAAAUAUUAUUUUGUAUAGAAGAUAAGAAUGAUCCAGCCAUAAUGCCUGUAAAACGUUUGAUGGAGAAGUAUCCUCAGGUUGAUACUCAGCUAUUCAUUGGAGGAGCUGACGUCGGAGUCAACCCAAAAAUAAAUAACAUGCAACCGGGCUAUUUGUCAGCCAAGUAUCCUUUCAUCUUGGUUUCUGAUAGUGGAAUAAGAAUGAAGGAAGAUACUCUCCUAGAUAUGGUGCAUCAUAUGGCUGAUGAAGUCGGUCUCGUGCAUCAGAUGCCAUUCGUGUGUGAUAGAGAGAACAAUUUCGCAUCAAAUUUUGAGAAGAUAUUUUUCGGAACGGUUCAAGCGCGUAUUUAUCUAGUUGCCGACCUACUUGGGAUCAAUUGUCAUACUGGAAUGUCGGCACUGAUGAAGAAAGAAUUACUUGAUGAGGUGGGAGGGAUCCAAGCCUUCGGAUGCUACCUGGCCGAGGAUUUCUUCUUUGCCAAAUCGUUCACCGAUAGGGGCUGGAAAAUCAGGAUUAGCGGACAGCCUGCCUGGCAAAACUCCGGUUACUGUGAGAUCACCAGCUUCCAAGCUAGAUUGCAGAGGUGGACCAAAUUAAGAGUUGCAAUGGUUCCAUUGACAAUUCUUUUAGAACCUCUGUCGGAAUGCAUGAUUAUUGGUGGAUUCGCGUCCUGGUCGGCAUACUUCCUGUUUCACUGGGACCCUCUAGUCUUCUAUUUAGUUCAUAUACUUUUGUGGUUUCUGUGUGAUUGGGUACUACUUUCUGUUAUCCAGAAUGGCUCUCUUCCAUUCAACAAAUUCGAAUUUGUUGUGGGCUGGAUAUUUCGUGAGGUUAACGGACCAUAUCUAUUCACUUGUGCAAUUUGGGAUCCUGCGAUCUCAUGGCGAUCUCGUACAUACAAAUUACGCUGGGGGGGCAUUGCCGAAGAACAUAAACCCAAGAUAAAGCUGUGACUUAAUCUGCAUGCAUUAUAUAAUUAGGUAAUGGAUCUAAUUUAUUCGAUAUUGUGAAUUAUUGGCACCAAUCUAUCGUUUUUGUGGUGGAUUCAAUUGAAUGUACAUUGUAUAUUUAUUGUUUAUGUUGUAUAUUGUUUAAAUACGGAAUGAUCAACGUCGUCUAUUAAUACACAUCAAAUAAUUUUUUUAAUUGUAGAUGAAAUUUCGAUGUGAGUCGUAUAUCAGUGUAUAUUGAUAAAUGUAUGGUCUAAUUUAUUUACUCUAAAGUAUGCAUUAUUUGCAUUACGUGAUCAUCGAUUUAGCUAGUGUAAAUAAAUGCAAUAAAUCAACACUGCGAGCAAUCUUCUACUGUACAGCUUAGUCUCUAUCAAUUUCACGUCACACAUGAUCAUUGCUUUAUUGUUCAAACGGUCCAUGUACAUUUUAUAAAAUUUAUAUUUAUUUUAUAAAAUUUUAAUUAUGUACAAUAUUUAGUUAUUUUUAAUGUUGGAUAUUAGUACGAAAUCAUUGUUCUUUUAAUUCUCACCAUUAGUUAUAGUUGAAAAACGGUACUUCAUAAACGAUAUUAUUGUUUUUAAUUAUUCAAAUUGAAAAAUUUAUUUUUAUCCAAGUUAUUAUUAAUUUUAAAACAGUGCGUGUAUAUUUUUUAACUAAUUCGUUAUUUUUACUGUUCAUUAUAAUUAAAAAUCACUGCUCUUUGGUCAAUUAUUGUAUGGUUAUAGUUUUUAAAACAAAUCACAUGAAUUUUAUAAAAGUUUUUGGAACAAAUAUUUAAAUCCAUGAACCGGUCUCAUUAUUAGUGACUUGCUUCUCCUCAGCAAACAUGAUAUUAUUACUAUUCUAAAACUAGAAUAGGAAUGGGAAUAGGAAUUUACCUCAGAAAUAAGAAAGUGCAUUAUUAGGCAAUUGUAAUGGAAUUUUAUUCAUUGUAAAAUGUAUUGGUAAGCUGAAGAACAAUUUAUUGGUUUUUAUUGUGAAUAUAAUAUGUAAUUUUCAUGCAUGCUUACUGUUAUACGGUACCAUUUUACAGUGCUGUGAAAACUUUGGAGUUAGGAUUGUUUUAUCGUUUGUAAAAUGUGUACUAUAGUUUAAAAAAUAAAAAAUUGAGAACUGUUACAAUUUUGAAAUUAGUAUUGUUUAGAUUUUUUGCUGCUCAUAAUGGGUUAGAUGUAAUCGAUUACGCUUGCAUGUCAAACAGAUCAUGGUCUAAUACUGUAGUUUUUAAGAUCAUUUCAUGAUAUUAAGAAUAUAUUAGCUUGCCAUUGAGAGAUUAAGUUGAAGGCAAUCUUCACUUUACUUGAUAUAUUUAUAUAAGUCUUUGACUGCGUAUUGUUAUAUCAAACUUAUAUUACUGAUAUUACUACAUCAUGUUUUUUUUACUCAUUCAAUGAGAUAAUAUUAAUUUAUCAGUUUAUAAAAUUUUCUGCACCAAAAAUAUUUUUCAGUUUUUAUCAGUGGGUGGGGCACAGCGCAUCGACGUUUUCAAAAUCCAAUUAUAUCCGAUAAGAUAAGUGAUUGUCCGAAUGAUCUGCGCCGUAAGGUACCUGAUUACUCAGUCAAGAUAAGUCACGGUGGGGUUACUGAGUGAUCACCAAAGUGAUGUAGUUACAGUAUCUCCAACUUACAAUAAUUUCAAAAUAACGUCAGAAUCCUCAAAACCUAUCCGACCAUUCAACACUUCACUCAAGCACAACUUGAAGCUUCAAGUGCGCAUUAUUUCCGCGAAACUAUAUUUAUUAUAAAUGAGGAAUUUUGAGCUACGUCAAAAUUUUAAAUUUGGAUAAUUUUUUAGCGAUACUCAGCUCCAUAGGCUGUCCCACCCACUGCAAAAUUUCUUAGCAAUUUUGUAUUGAAAAUUAACAAAUUUCUUUCAAUCGAUCUUCAGUACUAUUCGCUUAGGCUAAGAAGAUACUUGUCACGCUCAAUUUUAAAUGCGAUUUGGAUUGUAGUUGCAGUAAUAUUUUCCCCAAUUAUUAAUCGAUUUGGUAGUGUGCCUCCUAAUCAUAAUAUGUAAUAUAUACCGAAAGUAUUUAAUCAUUUCAAUUUAUAUGAAGUUGAAUUAAAAAAUCCAGCAUUCAGAUUAUUUUGAAACUUAGUGUAUUAAUUGAUUUCUGAAGUAUUAGGGAAUUGUUGAAAUUUUAUUUAAGAUAUAAGGAAGUAAGUAUGUAAUUAAAAUUAACCAGGUUCCUAUAUUCUGCAUCGUGGUAAUGUAUGUUAUUAUUAUUUGUUAAGCUAAGAUUAUCAAUGUUAUUCUGCACAGGCAAGCAAUCUGAAAAUAGCUAUGAAACUUGGUUUAAAAUAGUUAUUUGUGCAACUAGUGUGCAAAGUAACAGUUUGCUGCACCGAAAGAAACGUUUGCGGAAUGGCUUCUU